GGAAACUCCACUUAGUAGCAAUUUCUAGUGCAAAAUGUUACGGUCACUCGCAGUUUUGAUCAGCAUCCUGGCUAUCACAAAGGCUCUGCCAGCAGACCAUGUGAUAUCAAAAAUGGACCCUGGACCCCGAUACCAGUAUAUGGCUGGACCAGAAGGUCCAGAACUGGUGGAUCUUUGGCUGAAGACCAGCGACGUGUUAGCAGCUGCGAGAUACAACCCUGAUGUGAAUAAUCAUUACCACCUUUUCACCAGAUCGAACCGAGCCGUAAGCCAGCCAAUCCCUCUAGGCGCUGAGGCCGCUCUAAGGAACUCCCAUUUCAAUCGAAAUAGGAAGACGGUGUUCCUAAUCCAUGGCUGGAGAAACACACCGACUUCUGAUUUUAACACACACCUUAUUAGCGCGUACCUAACGGCUCAAGACGUGAAUGUGAUCAUGGUGGACUGGAGUUUCGGAGCAGCUGGAGAAUAUAUACCAGCACAAACUAACACUAUUAGAUCUGGAGAACACGUAGCUCGCUAUAUAAACUGGUUGAACUCUGCAAGCGGCGCCAAUCUGAACAACUACCAUAUAAUCGGACACAGUUUGGGAGCUCAUCAGGCUGGCAUCGUUGGCAGACAACUCGGUGGAAGAGUGCCUUAUAUUACUGCAUUAGACCCAGCGCUUCCCGGUUGGAUAACUCACUCGCAGGCCUUCCGAUCUACUGACGGUGUCUAUACAGAAGUCAUGCAUACUGACGCUGGACUGUAUGGUAUCGUGAACCCUGCUGGAGAUGUGGACUUCUACCCCAAUGGUGGAGCCUGGAUGCCUGGCUGUGGAGAUCGGAAUUGUAAUCAUCAUCGGUGUAUCUUCUACAUGAGCGAAUCAUUAACUCGUGGAGGGUUCACGGGGCGACGCUGUGAGAAUCUGAACGCGGCGCUGAACAGCAACUGUAACGCCUCCGGCACUCUAAGGAUGGGAGGACCUACUGCUAAGACUGGAUCUUCUGGAAUCUUCUUCGUGAGAACAAACGCCAAUUCUCCUUUCUCUCAAGGUUGAAAGACCAAAGACAUUUUGUAUAAUAAAUUCAAUAAGACAUACA